UUGCCGGAAUCCAUUUUUGUGGCUAAUACGGAAAUACGCGAAGUGGCCCUCAAACGAUCAUGAAAUCAACGACGGCAGGAGUAGCUCUGCUACUCCUUGUGCUAAAUCACGCAAGUGAUGCUUUAAUUCACAACUGGCAUUCCGGGCCCAUCAACUGCUAUGAGUGCUCCACACUCGAUGAGUGCUCUGCAGGAUCGGGAACCCUGCGAAAAUGUCUGGGUAACGAUGGCCAAAGUUGUGUGGCCAUUUUCAACAGCGAUGGUGCUGUGAUCGAGAGAGGAUGUAGCGACAACUUGGAAUCAAAUUGCACGGCAAGCGGGGAUGAUUGCUAUGAAUGCCGAUCUCAUGGAUGUAACUUUCUGAAAACCAAGGAGAAUUUGCUCGAUUGCAUUGUGUGCGAUGCCCAGAGCGAUGAUAAUUGUGUCUUCGACAUCGAACUUGUGACUGAAAGAAGGAAGUGCAACCAACAAUGUAUCACAGCACUUUACCCCACCAACAGUGAAGAGGGUGCGCCCUUGGAGUUGGUUCGCAGUUGUCUGGAUGAUCUGGAUUUGGACGAUCGAGAGGCCUGUUCCGACGGAACCCUCGGAAACUGCGUUGCCUGCAGUACGGCAAGCUGUAAUAAGGAGGAUUUGGGUGUCCGAGGAAGCUGUAAUGUCUGCAAAGGAGACUGCAGCAAUCCGCAAUCGCAGACCUGCCGAGCUGUCCCAUCUGGUGAUAAUCCGGAGAGCUGUUUUAUCGAAAUCGACACAUCAGGUGCCAUCUACGAGAUGGGCUGCCUGAGUCAAUACAACGUGAGCGAUGUUACCCUGAUGGAAACCAACAAGCAGUUGUGGUACUGCACUGGCGACAAUUGCAAUGUCGAAUCUGCUCUGGCAAAGCCACAAACAUGCAAACUGUGCAGCUCCCGGACGGAUGAGGGUUGUGCUGUGGCUCCCGAGAAUGUGGAUUCUGUUACGGUGUGCGAAAGUCUGGUGAACACCGAUUGCUAUUCAAGGAUCCUGGACGAUGGACACACGGAGAGGGGUUGCCUGACCAGCUUGGAGGGUGAGGAUUACCUGGACUGCCUCAAGGACACCAAUAGCACCAAGUGCCUCAGAUGCACAGGAGCGUCGUGCAACGAGCUGCUCCAGCCCACGGAGCGUCUGAGCUGUCAGAUUUGCGAUUCCAGUGAGGAUGCCUCCUGCGAGGGAUCUCCUUCCGCCUCUGGCCUAUGUCUACUGCACACCGCCGAUCAGCAGUGCAUAACUGUCAUAGAUCUCUUGGGAAACACUCAACGUGGAUGCAGUGCAUCCCUGGAGUGUGAGUCCAGUAACCCCAAAAAGUGUGAGGCCUGCUCCGGAGCCGAUUGUAACACCGGCAAUCUGAAGAGAUUGGAGGAUGGCCAGCCAGGACUGUGGGGCCAGAGUUUGCCCCUCAGCUGCCAGAGUUGUGCGGAUGCCACCAGUUGUGCCGCCAGCGAUCUUACGAAUACAACCUGCGCAAGUGACUCCGACUAUUGUGUGACCGUGUUCAGUGCGAAUGGAUCUGUGUCGGCCAAGGGUUGCAGCCAGGUGGUCGAGCAAACCUGGGCCAGCUACUGUGAUGCCAAUGACGGAAGCUGCCACAAUUGCAACUCCAAUGGCUGCAACAGUGCUAGAUCGCUGGACAGCUACACCGAAUGCAUCUACUGUGACUACGAAAACGAUGAUUGUGCCACCAAUGCGGCAAAUGUAAAGUCCCGCCGCCUUUGUAAUGGCCAGUGUUUCACUGCAUCACGCAGGAGAUCCAGCGAGAAUUUCGUUUACGACACUGUGCGAGGCUGUUUGGAUGACAAGGAUCCGGAGGAUCAGGCGACUUGCAUUGCCGGCACCGAUGCCGCAUGCAUUGCCUGCUCCGGAGCCAACUGCAAUGUGGAGAAUAUAGCCGAAGUCUCGCAGUCCUGCUACAAGUGCUCGGGAUCCGAUUGCGAUGAUCCGGUGGCCAGUCAGUGCAGCGCCUAUAGUCCCGAUGAUCGUUGCUAUAUCCUGUUUGACUACAAUGCCGAUAUCACCGGCAUGGGCUGCCAGUCCGAUCUGGAUGAGGAGUUCGUGGAGGAUAACUUCCACUCUCUGCUGUUUUGCGAUGACAACGAUUGCAACUUCUUCGACAUCUUACCAGUGCCGCACCAGUGCAUCGUCUGCGAUUCCUCCGAGGAUCCCAACUGUGCCACGGACCCUUCAAAAAUCACAUUAAUUGGAACCUGCGGAAUCUUGCCGUAUACCAGCUGUCAGACACGCAUCAUAAGUGGCAGAACCCAGCGCAGUUGCUUGAGCAGCUUGGAGCGUGAGCAAUUGCAGGAGUGCCUCGAUGGCACCGGAAACUGUGUGGUUUGCACUGGCGAUCGCUGUAAUGCUGAAAUAUAUCCCGCGGAUCGUCGUCGUUGUCAGCGCUGUGACUCGGUCACCGAUCCCACGUGCUCAUCUGCGCCCGAUGCAUCGGAGGUGUGUCCCUACUAUCUGGAGGACGAAGGCUGCAGUGCCAAGUUGGUGGAUGGCGAAACCUAUCGUGGUUGCCAGCGGGAGUUCACCUGCGACGAUGAGGACAAACAGCACUGCCGCAUGUGCUCCGGCAAGGACAACUGCAAUGUGGCGGAUCUGUUCAACUCCUACAUUGGGUAUCCCAGCCAGUGGAUAACACCGCCAGUCAAUUGCUAUUCCUGCAACGGCACCGAGUGCCAGGGCACCAGUUCCGGCACCCUGCGCAAGUGUACUGGCAACGAUGCGCAGAAUUGUGGCACCGUUUUCGAUGCCUCUGGCUCCGUGUCCUUCCGGGGUUGCACGGACACCCUCUACGCGGACACUGAGCUCCUGCAAUACUGCGAUGAUAACUCGGCCAACUGCAAGUUCUGCAAGUCCAGCGGCUGCAAUAACGCCAAGGAGCUGAGCACCUAUGUGGAUUGUCUGUUCUGCGAUGGAAGCGAUGAGGCGCAAUGCGUCCGCAAUGUGAGCAAUAUAAACCGUACUUUAUCCUGCCAGGGCAGCUGCUUCACUGGCCUCUAUCCCCGCAAUCGCUCGGAGGCCAAUCCUGUUUACGAUCUGGCUCGUGGCUGUUUGGACGACCUCGAUUACGAUGAUCGUGAGGCUUGCGCAGCCGGAAGCCUGGAGAAUUGUGUUUCCUGCUCGGCGGCCUCGUGCAACAAAGCUGAUGUACCCGAGGAUCGCCUGAGCUGCAAUGUCUGUCAGGAUGCCGCAUGCGAGACGCUUACCAGUCAACUUUGUUUGGGAUAUCGGUCCGGGGAUCAGUGCUACAUACACGUGGGCGUCGGCACUGUCAAGGCCAUGGGUUGUGCCACCGAUCUGCAGGACUCGUUCCUGCUGACCAACCGCAGGGAUCUGUAUCUCUGCUCCGGCGACGACUGCAAUACCAAGGAUAAGCUGAAACUGGAGGGCGUUGCCUGCAACGUGUGCAAUUCCACCUAUGAUGAUGGAUGUGUUGGAGGCACUGCGGCUUCGGCCACCGAUUGCGAACACUACAUCAAUCCCGAGUGCUACAGUUAUCUGAAUGAGGAUGGCGUUUUGCUGCGUGGCUGCCUCAAGGACACCGAUGAUCAGCUCUUCGAUGAAUGCUCCAGCGCUGGCACCACCAACUGCACCAUUUGCAGCACGAAUAAUUGCAACAACGACGUGUACCCCGCCGAUUGGCUGACCUGCUUGCGUUGCGACUCCGCCAGCGAUUCCGAUUGUGCCCUGAAUCCAUCCAGCUACUCGAGCUACUGUCGUACCUAUUCCGAUGACGAUGCCUGUGUCACUGCUCUGACCAAUGGUCGCACCCGUCGUGGCUGCCAGUCGGAGCUGAAUUGCGAUGCAUCGCAGCCGGGAAGCUGCCGAGUGUGCUCCGGAGCCAACUGCAACACCGUGGAUCUGCAGUCGAGCUACGUGGGUGAGCCAGGCAAGUGGACGGAUCUUCCGCUGAGCUGCCACGUUUGUAGCGAUGCAGCCAGUUGUGCAACUGUGGGUACGGCAACCACCAAGUGCGAGGGUAACAACAAGCAGACCUGCUCGACAGUCUUCAACUCAGAGGGUCAGGUGGUGGCCAGAGGAUGCAGUGACUCUGUCUUGGCUGCCAACGCGGACUACUGCGACUUGGACGGAGACAAGUGCCCACAGUGUAAGUCGGAUGGUUGCAAUACCGCCGUCUCCUUGGACUCCUAUGUGGAUUGCUACUUCUGCGAUGCCGAGGAUGAUGUGAACUGCUCUUGGGAGAAGCCGGAAACUACCAGAAAGUGCCAGGGUCAGUGCAUGACGGGAUUGUAUCCACGCAGCUCAUCCUGGGACUCGGCUCUGCUGCCCACUCGCGGAUGCCUGGACGAUUUGGAUGAGGCGGAACGAGCAUCCUGUGCCGCGGGAACUCAUUCCAAUUGCACCGCCUGCACUGGAUCGCUCUGCAAUGGAGAUGAUGUCAUCGCUAACCCGCUGGAGUGCUACACUUGCAAGGAUCCCUACUGUGAGAGUCCGGAAACAUCCAAGUGUGUGGCCUACCGGGAGAAUGACCAGUGCUAUUUGGCCUACGACGACUCCGGUGUGGUGGCCAUGGGCUGCGCCAGUGAGUUUGAGACGCAGGUUAUCAAGGAGCUGGUGGCCCAGCAACGUCUGCUGCUGUGCUCCGGACAAAAGUGCAACGAAUACAGCAUCACUCCCGAUCCCAACACCUGUCUGCAAUGCUCCUCUACGGAUGAUUCCCGGUGUGCCACCAAUCCGAACCAGUUGACCACCACCGAUAUUUGCUCCCAGUUGCCCUACACAGAGUGUGUUACCCAGAUUGAUAGCCAGGGCAACACCAAUCGUGGAUGCAUUUCCAGUUUGGGCGGAGACGAUUUCUACGAGUGUCUCACUGGCGAUGGAAAACUCUGCGAAACGUGCACCGGCGAACGUUGCAACGGCUUGUCCGUAUUCCCCGCGGAUCGCAGGAAGUGCUACCAGUGCGAUUCCUCCAGCGACCCCAGCUGUGCCACCGCACCAGCUACUCAUACCAGCACUGUGUGCCCCAUUUACUCCCAGGACGAGUCCUGUGUGACCACAUUGUUGAAUGGCAUUACGUACCGCGGAUGUAAUUCGUCACUCACCUGCUCAGAUCUCUCCGAUUCCAGAACGUGCCGCGUUUGCACUUCCGACGAUGGUUGCAACACCAUUAACCUCGAGAAAGUUGGCGAGGAUGGCUUGCCCGGCGUGUGGCAAGAUGUACCCAUUGAGUGUCUCGCGUGCUCGGGAACAGCGUGUGCUUCUGGUGGUGGUAGCCUAACCAAGUGCUCGGGAUACGACAACUGCGUGACCGUAUUCAGCGAUACCGGUUCAGUUACCCAAAGAGGUUGCUCGGAGUCCGUCUUCGAGGAGUCCGACUACUGCGACAAGAAUCCCGCCUCCUGUCCCCGUUGCAAUUCCAAUGGCUGCAACUCCGCCGACUCCCAGGACAAUUAUGUCGAGUGCAUCGUUUGCGAUUCCAGUGUGGACUCGAAUUGUGUCAGUAAUCCCACACAGAUCAUAAAGACACGCCAGUGCCACGAACGUUGUGUGUCUGCCUUCCUGCCCCUCUUCAACGAAACUGUGGAUCCCAGCUAUGCGCUAAUCCGCAAUUGCUACGAUGACUUGGAGAAGGAGGAUCGUGAUGCCUGCACGUCCGGUAGCAAGAGGUUCUGCGCCACUUGCGAAGGUGCCAAGUGCAAUUCCGAGGACUUAGUGGCCAGUCGGCAUAGCUGUUUGGUAUGCCAGGGCGAUGAGUGCCAGGCUGCAAAGGCCGCCAGUUGCUCGAAUUACAGGGAGCACGAUGAGUGCUACAUUCAGUUCGAUGAGGAGAGGUCGGUCAGCUCGCUGGGUUGCCUCAGUGAAUUGAGCCACGAUGAUAUCUAUUUGCUGAAGCGCUCCAAGAGAUUGCUGACCUGCAGCGACAACGAUUGCAACACCAUUGAAUCCGUGCCAGAAAUUCAGACCUGCACUCUGUGCAGCUCACGUACCGACUUCAACUGUGCGAUUAGUCCCUUAAGUGUGACAACAGAAACAGAUUGCAGUCUUGGUGGCUUCCCUGAAUGCUAUUCCCGUGUCCUGUCCGAUGGAAGCACAGAGAGAGGUUGCCUCUCCAACUUGGAGGACGACGAGUUCCUCUCGUGCUACAACAGUACCUCUGCCACGUGCAACUCCUGCCAGGGAAGUAAUUGCAACCAAGUGGUUUAUCCCAGCGAUCGCCGAUCCUGCCACGUUUGCAACUCCGAAACAGAUGGCAAUUGUGAAAACAACCCCAGUAGCCUUACCGUGUGUUAUCUGUACGACGCAGAUGACCAAUGUGUGACCAAUCUGAGAAACGGAGUGACCUACAGGAACUGCGCCUCCUCGCUGAGUUGCGAGGCGAACGCCAAGACCUGUGUCUACUGCGAGGGCGAUGGAUGCAACCAGGUCGAUUUGGCCGCCAAGUCCGAUGACAACAUUGGCAAGUGGCAGGACCUUCCACUGGAGUGUCUCACCUGCGAGGGUACCGGCUGCCAGGCGGAGGAGAUUCCCUCGGUCAAGUGCCAGAACAACAACGAGCAGGACUGCCUGACAGUGUUUGGAUCGGAUGGUGCCGUCACCAGACGUGGCUGCCAGGAUGAGGUCGAAGCGGAUGCCACCAUCUCCACCUAUUGUGGCACCAAUGCCGGCAGCUGUCCCUCCUGCAAGUCCAACAACUGCAACAAUGCCACUGCCCUGAGUCAGUAUACCACCUGUAUCUACUGCGACUCCUACAAGGAUUCCUCCUGCCUGUGGGAUCCGACCAGUGCCAGCCACAGGACCCGUCAGUGCCAGGGACAAUGUAUGACUGCCCUGUACGGCAGCGCGGAUGCUGGCUUGGAUCUCAUCCGCACCUGCUUGGAUGACAAGGAGGCGUCUGACCAGCUGACCUGUGCCAGUGGCAGUGAUACCACCUGCGCCGCCUGCAGCGGUGACUCCUGCAAUGUCCAGACUUUGCCCGAGGACCGCCAGAGUUGCUACACCUGCGAGGGCGACGAGUGUGAGGAUCCGCAGCCCAAGACCUGUGCCAUCUACAAGCCGGAGGAUCGCUGCUUCCUGUGGGUGGACGAGGAUAACGAUCUGAAGCAACUCGGCUGCCUCAGCUCCUUCCGCAACCAGGAUCUGGAGGCCAUCAUCAAGACGAAGCGCAUUGCCGUCUGCAAUGGCACCAACUGCAACAUUCCCCAACUCCAGUCCCCCGUGCGAUGUGCCGUCUGCGAUUCUCGCGAGGAUCCCUCUUGCGCCACCGAUGCCCUGGCUAUUGGAACCUUCGACACCUGCAGUCAGUUGCCCCACACAGGAUGCUACACCAGACUGGAGGAUGAUGGUUCCACCCAACGUGGCUGCCUGUACGAUCUCGGCCAGACUGAGUUUGCCUCGUGUCUCCUAGAAAGCGAUGCCAACUGUACCGUGUGUUCCGUCGAUGGUUGCAAUCGUGAGAUCUUCCCUGCGGAUCGUCAAGUGUGCUACUCCUGCACCUCUGAGGAUGACUCCAGCUGUGAAUCGGAUCCCUCGUACACCUUGGCCUGUCCGUGGAUCAGCGAAACCGAGACCUGCAAGACCCUGCUCUCCGGCAAUGUCACCACCCGUGGUUGUAGCAGCAGCGUCGAGUGCGAUUCCAGUGACUUCCGCAACUGCCGCAGUUGCUCCGGCAGCGAGUGCAAUGCCAUCGAUCUGGCCAACCGGGUGGACGAUGGUCAGCACGGCCUGUACCAGACCUUGCCCCUGAAGUGCCACACCUGUGUGGGCGAGCAUUGCCUGAGUUCGCUGGGACCUGCGGUUACUUGUUCGCUGAAUCUGGAGCAGGAUUGUAAGACGGUCUUUGAGGCCGAUGGCGUGUCGGUGAGGAGGAGAGGUUGUGCGGAUGAUGUGGAUGACUACGAGGAUCGCUACUGCCGCAAGAAUCCUGCUUUGUGCUUCACCUGCAAGUCGAACGAGUGCAACGACGCCUGGUCCACCGAGGAGUAUGUGAGCUGCACCUUCUGCAAUUCGGCCAACAAAUCGAGCUGCAUCACCGAUCCCAAGGAGUCCGACCUGAGCACGCGCAGUUGCAAGGGUCAGUGCUUGGUGGCUCUGAGUGGAGCGGACUUGAUUCGAUCCUGCUUGGACGACAAGGAGCUGUAUGACCGCUCCGACUGCAGCACCGACGAGAGCGGCACAGACUGUGCCACCUGCUCCGGCGCCGAAUGCAACACCUUCUCGUAUCCCGCCGAUCGACUUAGUUGCCACACCUGCUCGGAUGCCACUUGUUCGAGCAGCCGUUCGCAGGCCUGUUUGGCCUACGUAUCGGAUGACUACUGUUUCGCCAAGUAUGCCACUGAUGGCGGUGUGGAGCUGAUGGGUUGUGCCAGUAGCCAGAAUGACUCCAGCUUGGAGCAAUGGCAGCAGGGCAAUCUGCUGUACUCCUGCCAGGGCAGCGAGUGCAACGAACUGAGCCGACUGCCCGCCGAGGGAGAGUGUCUGUCCUGCGAUUCCAGCAAGUCCUUGGAGUGCGCCCAGGAUCCCACGGGCGUGCUGACCACCAUCACCUGCCAUGCCCCCAACGCCGAUUGUAUCACUCGCCUGGUGGACGGACACACGAUCCGUGGUUGCAAGAGUGCACUGAGCACCACCGAAAGCAGCAGCUGUGUGGCGGAUGGCACCUGCUCCGCUUGCUCCGGCGCCAAGUGCAAUGCCGAGAUCUUCCCCAACAACCGACGACGGUGCUACAUCUGCAACUCCAUCAAUGAUCCACUUUGCGCCCAGCAUCCUAACAGCGUGGCCGUGUGUCCCGUUUAUGCGGCAAAUGACGAGUGUGUCACAUCCUUCAACGACGGCGUCCUGCGGCGCGGAUGUGCCAGCGAACUGGAGUGCGAGAUCGACAACGAGGAUCACUGCAACAAGUGUGCCACGGAUGGUUGCAACACGGUCGAGCUUACUGGUUCAGCCGGCGGACUGUCCGGUUUGGGAUUGGGUCUCACCCUCAUCGUCGCCUGGCUGAUCAGCUCCACGCAGCGACUGUAGGAUAUAUAUCCGAAGGACGAAGAGGUGUUCCAGUUCAAGUUCCGCCAUCUAGUUAAGUAGAUUUAUGUAGAGUAUGCUUUUAUAAUUAGAUUGCUGUGCUGAGCGCGAUGGGUCUUCUCGAUUUAUCGCGCGAUCUACCAACGAUUUGUAAAUAAACCAAGCGAAAAUA